AUGAAGCAGAAGUACCAAGGGAACCAGAGGGUUCAAAGUGCUCAGUUACAGAGGCUGAGACGUGACUUCGAGGUGUUGGAGAUGAAGGAAGGAGAAGCCAUAUUAGAGUACUUCUCGAGAGUAAUGCGUGUGGUGAACGACAUGCGUAAUCUUGGAGAAGAGAUGGCUGACUCAAAGGUGGUAGAGAAGAUUUUGAGAAUGCUUGUCGAGAAGUUCACAUAUGUUGUGUGUGCGAUUGAAGAAUCCAACGACAUAAAGGAUCUUACAGUUGAUGGAUUGCAGAGCUCCUUAAUGGUACAUGAGCAGAAGCUAAUCAGACAUGUAGGAGAAGAACAUGCUCUGAGAUAUAAGGAAGAUGGAAGUCUGAUGGAAGUAGAGGUCGGGGAAGUGCCAACUUCAGAGGACGAGGAGGAUAUCAAGGCAGAGGAAGAGGAAGCUCAGGCUUCAAUAAGGAGAUGGUUGAAUGCUACAAGUGUCACAAGAAGGGGCACUACAAGUAUGAGUGUCCAGACUGGGAGAAGAAUGCCAAUUAUGCAGAGCUAG